AUGCACGCUUGCACAUCGACCAGCUGCCCGAACGCGUUGCGCAUGUGGAAGGCCCCCACGCCAUGUGCGGUCAACUGGAAACUGUCAAUACCUUCCACACAUUCUACUGGAGCCAAUUGUCGUAGCUGCUCAUUGCGAAUCAACCAGUCUGUGUCGGCUACAGAGUUCCUGGCUCCACUAUUGAGCUUGGAUCCCAGCCGUUCAUCGUUCACGAUCAUCACGGCCAUUGGUAAUCCGUCGGUGGCGGCUACACCCGCUGUCUCGCUCGUGUCGGUCGCUCCUGGGACCGCUGAAUUAGACGUACCUUUGAGCGAUCGCUGCUCGUCCGCACGCCGCCCUUGCGUUGCCGCCGCCGCCGUGACAGAUCAGCACGGGCACCAUCUACUUGCCGUUGUUGCCUGA